AUGGAUUCUCUUGCUAGUAUUCUUUUUGGUAAUGUUGACGAAGAAGGCCAAAUUGAUUAUAAUGGCUUGGAUGAGGAAGUUAUACAGUCUUUACAACAUGCAACAGUACAUGGGGGUGAUUUGCUCGAAAGUUUGCUUCCAGAAAACUCCCUUGAUUUGGGUGUCGAGAAAACACGGACAAAAGAAAAGCUUUACGAUCCAGUUACCCCUCAAGAUUCUGAAAUUCAACCUCAAGAAAAUGCUAUAGAUUACUUUAACAUUGAUGAAUUAGCGGCAGACGAUCAAAUAGUUUCCAUUAAAUAUUAUCAGCAGGGCGUUAAUAGCGUCUUGAACCUCAAACGUUCUUUAACCCUACCUUCAUUACUCCCUUCACGUCGUUCAUUAACUCUUGAUACUGAUGAUGACGACUAUGAUGGAGGAUUUCUGGAGAACAAACAGUUAUUAUCCGUAAAAAGAAUACCUGAUACAUGGCGUACAUCACUUGAAACCGAUACUGUAAUUAAAACACACCAAGAAAUGGAUAUUGCAUCACUAUAUCCAGCUUUCAGAAAAAAUGAAGUGUUAAAUUUUAGCCAACUCUUUGCUACAAAGGUAAAUCGUCGGCGGAAAUUACAUCCAAAAAGUCAUCAAGUCACAAAUUUAGUUCAACCAGAAUUUAUUUUGGAAGAAGAUGAUCGUAAAGCUUUUGAACAACCUAUGCCUCAAAUUGAUCACGAUAGAUCUCUUGAAGCUAUUGACAAUUGGCCACAAGAAAAACCUCGUCCACGUGAAAAUACAAGAUCUUUGCCGUUAAUAAGAAAAUAUGAAGAUGCUUUUGAUGAGAAAGAAGAAGACAUUUUCGCUAGGAAUAUCAAAGUUCCUGCUAUUGAAAAGAAAAAUAUAUUUGCACCUCUUAUGAUAGAUACAUGGGAAGAAGAUAUAAUUUGGGAUUGUGACAACUCUGAUAGCAUACCUCACAUUAAAACUUCCGAACGGGAAUCUCAAAAGUCGCAACAAAUUUUUGAACAAUUGCAAAGUGAAGCUUGGACGGAUUCGAUAAUAUGGGAUAUACCUGAAAAGCAAGCAUCACCUGCUAAUGAUAGCCAUUUAGAUACGAGAAUCUCCAAUAUAUAUUUAGGUUCCGCUUCUAUGGGUGUUAAAAAAAAAGCGCAGAUGCUAGAAAUGAACGACGAUAUAGUGAAGACACAAGCUGCUUCACUAGGUUUGGAUCGGUUCAACGUCUCAAGUGACGUCUCAUAUGAACCCGUUAGUGAAGGAAGGGAUCACAGAGUGAGGCAAACCUACGGACAACUUGUCGUGCAGCAUUCCUUGCCGGCUCUGAGAUUGCAAAUGCCAUACUUCAAAGCAAAACUCACAAAGUCCGAGCUUCGUGCUUUUCAUCGUCCAUCGAUACAAUUUUCACUUGAUCAGGAAAUUAAAUUUUCCAAAGUCAAUACUCAUAAAAAACAUAAAUCAGGCAUCAAUAAAAUAGCCGAGGCGAUGCGUAAUUCGAAAGAAUUGACACUUAAGGACAAUAGUAAUUUCAUAUUAAUGGAGUAUUCGGAAGAAUACCCUCCGGUAAUGUCAAAUAUCGGUAUGGGUAGUCUAUUAUUAAAUUAUUACCGUAAAACCGAUCCAAGUGAUACAACUGUGCCAAAACUUGACAUCGGUGAGCCAGUAAUAUUAGAUGUAGCAGACGCAUCUCCCUUUAUGAAUUUCGGGAAUGUCGAAUCUGGACAAAUUUUGCCUGCUAUCUUUAAUAAUUUAAUUAGGGCGCCUUUAUUCAUGCAUGCUCCUAAAGACUCAGAUUUCCUUGUCGUCAGAAACACUUACAAAGGCAAGACGAAAUAUUAUAUACGAGAAAUACGCAAUCUUUUUGUUGUUGGUCAAACUUAUCCACUACAAGAAGUACCUGGACCACAUUCAAGAAAAAUUACAACGACGAUUAAAAAUCGACUUCAGGAAUUUGCCGAGUUACAGAGAACUGGUACAAAUAAAGGUUUUUGGAAAUCAAAAUCCAAAAAUUUACCUAACGAGGAACAACUGCGAAAUAUGCUAACACCAGAGAUGAUCUGCUUAUAUGAAAGCAUGUUGGUUGGGCAACGUCAUUUGCUCGACUCGGGAUAUGGAAACGUUGGAAAGUCAGCGAAUGGAGAAGACGAAAGUGAUGAGUCAAAACUAUCUAUUGAAGAACAGUUAGCACCAUGGAUUACUACUCGAAAUUUCCUAAAUGCUACGCAGAACAAAGCUAUGCUAAAGCUUCAUGGAGACGGUGAUCCUACUGGAAUCGAUGAAGGUUUCAGUUUUAUUAGGGUUUCGAUGAAAGAUAUUUUCUUGAAACAGGGUGAAACAGCAGAAGAUAAACAAGCCGAAAUAGAUAAACUGCCGAAAACUGCGCAUAAAUAUAGUGUUGCAGAACAACAUCAAAGAUAUCAGGAGGAAAUCGAUCGAAUAUGGAAUGCACAAUAUGCUUCUUUAAGUAACAAAAAAGAAAUCCCCGAUGAAUUAGAACAGUCUGAAACAUCCAUUGACAAACACUAUAGACAAACGCAGGCCGAUGCUAUUGAAGAAAAUUUAUAUUCUUCGCCAUCCUCCCCUUCAAUGUUCUCUACCGGAGAUAUGGAAGACAAUUAUUCUAUUGAUGGUAGUAUGGGUUCUCGUGCAAGCUAUGCAUAUGGAUCACAUCGUAAUAGGAAGCUCACAAUAAAACAUACGAUGAGAAAGGGUAAUGGUGAGGAGGAAGUACAGGUUGAAGAAAUAAUUGAUCCUGCGGUCAUAAAUGUAUAUAUGAGACAUAUUCAAAAGCUCCAAGAAGAAUCUAUGAGGAUUCAAAAUCUACUUGCAAAACUAAAACGAAAUCAAGAAAGACGACAACAACGAAAUGCCGCUCGUUUAGCUGAAUCCGAUCUAACAGAGAAUACACUGCCAUCUAGAGACAAAAAACCUGAACCAGUGCGACGAUGUGGAAAAUGUGGUGGACGGGGUCACAUGAAAACAAAUCGGAAAUGCCCAAAAUUUAAUGAGGAGGAAGAUCUCACCUCCUCUGACCUUACAGUAGAACAAGAGCCUGUGAUUAAAAUGGAAGGCACCAGGAUCUCUAUAUCCAAAGCACUAGUUGAAAAAUGA